UCACUCCACUCGCACUCGCUGAACGGAACGACUAAAGUUUGGCUCUUCCAUUCGCAGUCUGAAGCCUUGGCGUGUCGGACGUCUGUGACCGUUUUCUGGUGUCGACCAGUUCUCGCGGUGUUCUUUUUUUCCUGAGUGUGGCUUUCUGAUAUGAAAAAGUGGAAGCUCUAGUAUAGAGGAGGACGACGUCGCUAAACGGACGGUGUGCAGACGAUUCCAGAGGCAGCUGCCUGUCCAAGUGGACUGAAGAUUCCGGUUCCGGUGUACAGUGAUCGUUUCCGUAGAUGGCAGAAAUCUAGGUGUGUGAAUGGAUCGUUGGAUUUUGGCGAAGACGAAGCUGGAAAAAGUGUCCGGUGGUUCCUGAAAGGCAGCAGUGAAGUAGUCACCUGCCGUCGUGCAAGAAGAUUCCGCUGGCAGAGCGCGAACAAGAAGAAAAGCCUCGGCUCCCUCCAAAAGUGGCACUGCAGCGAAGAAGGCGUCGUUCCCAGUGCUUUUCGGUGAAUGUUUGUGAGUGUGUAUACUUAAUUCUGCCGUCGUCGACGCCGCCACCGACAAGUCAAGAAAAGAAAAAAAAAAGUUGAAACCUUCGCUCUUCUGAGGCUAGAGCUUAGCGCUGCUGCUGCUGCUGCUCGCAAAGGCCUUUUUGUCUGACACCCGCGCGCCAGUCGCAUAAUUGAUUGUCCCCAUCUUUGCCAUCUCGCGUGAUACCCAACAAACCAAGGUAUAAUAUAGAGAUAGAAAAAAAACCACCAUUGAGAGGUGAGAAGAUUGCCGUUCUAUGUCUGGUAGUGCAACUCAUCAACCAACAAAGUAAGAAAAAAAUCAGUGUGUAUAAACCGUAGCGAUAAGAGCGUAGUGUUGUGUGUGAUCGACAUCGACACGGCGGCAUCCCCAUAAUAAUUCUGCAAUAAAAGCCGGAGUAGUGGUGUCCCUCGGGAGACGACUCAACCAGGACCUCCAAGAUGACGAAGGAUAGAUUAGCAGCCUUGCAGGCGGCACAAAGUGACGAUGAGGACAUGCCGGAAGAUGUGGCGGUGCCGGUGGAGGGCAACUUCAUGGAGGACUUCUUCAACGAGGUGGAACAGAUCCGGGAGAUGAUCGACAAAAUCCAGGCAAACGUCGAGGAGGUGAAGAAAAAGCACAGUGCCAUCCUGUCGGCUCCACAGUCCGAUGAGAAAACGAAACAAGAACUCGAAGACCUUAUGGCCGAUAUCAAAAAAACUGCCAACAGAGUAAGAGGGAAACUUAAGGGUAUCGAGCAGGCGAUCGAGCAGGAGGAACAGACCAGCAAGUCCAAUGCCGAUCUUAGGAUAAAGAAAACGCAACACUCGACGCUGUCCCGAAAAUUCGUCGAGGUGAUGACCGAGUACAACCGGACCCAGACUGACUACCGGGAGCGGUGCAAAGGGAGAAUACAACGACAACUGGAAAUUACGGGUAGAGCGACGACAAACGAAGAGCUGGAGGAGAUGCUGGAGCAAGGCAACUCGGCAGUUUUUACGCAGGGGAUUAUCAUGGAAACCCAGCAAGCAAAACAGACGCUCGCCGAUAUCGAAGCACGGCAUGCAGAUAUUAUAAAAUUGGAGAAUUCAAUUAGGGAGUUACAUGAUAUGUUCAUGGAUAUGGCAAUGCUUGUCGAGAGUCAGGGUGAAAUGAUUGAUCGUAUAGAAUAUCAUGUUGAACAUGCAAUGGAUUAUGUCCAAACAGCGACGCAAGACACAAAGAAAGCGCUUAAAUAUCAAAGCAAAGCCCGCCGGAAAAAAAUCUUGAUCAUCAUCUGCCUGGCGAUAACACUAGUCGUGCUAAUAACCUUACUAGCGGUCUAUUUAUCGUGAAGUGGUCCAAUUCGGGAACAGUAGCUCGAGCAGUUCCUCGGAAGGGGUGACCAGCUAUUAGGAUCCUCAACAUUCGUCCCAAGUUUCCUCAACCAUUGGUUUCCUGAAUGAUGGCUAAAAGUUAGAUCCGAAUUUAAGAUUAUUUUUGGACCGAACAACGGGGAGACUGUCCUAGGAAGUGCGCCACAUGGUGGCGCCACUCACACUCUGUAUUUAGCUUUGGUAUAAAAAUUUACCUGUUAUCUUUAAGAUGUAAGACGUAUUCGUCCAGUUCUUAUCAAAUUGACCAGACAAAUAGUCAGCUUUUUUUUUAUAAGAACUGGGUUUUCUACAUAAAGUCUUCUAGAUAGUUACAAUAAAUGUAAGCUACUCGAUCAACUUCAUUCAUAAAUCUCAUACAUGAAGCAACAUUUCUUGCCAAACGAAUUGAUGAAUAGAAAACGCAAGUUUUUUUUUCUGACGUGACAAAUGUGAAAAUUUCGUAAUGAAUUUGACGAUACAUUUAAUCAUAUUUCAAUGCCUUCAAUGGAUAAAAUAAAUCCACUUCAUACUAACGAUUUUAUUUGAUUUAGAAGUUGUCGUUCGAAAAAACAAAUAAACAAAACAAAAUAAUGCUUUGCUUUUGCUUAAAAAACCGUUUUUAAAUUUUGUACCUACCUAAUUCUUCUUACCCAUUUUUAAGGAUACUUCACGAUUCACUCUCUGGAGCCAUUGUGAAAAUUUUAUAACUCCGGACCAGUUACUAAACUCUUAAACUUUAAAACUUGUGCAAUAACAAAACGAUUUUCAUAGAGUGGAAAGGUCAGCUUUUUCCAUCUAUUCUCUGGAGCCAUGAAUAAGAUUUUAUUAAUCUAAGUUUCGAAACUGGUUUCAAAAGUGCUGGACCUCUGCGUUGAAGGCCGCGAAUAAUGAAUUUUAUGAUUUGCAUGGUUUUUAAAUUACAAUGUAAAAAAUGAAUCUAUUACAAAAGUGUUUUUUAAACUAGGAAAACUUACCGAUAUUGUAAACUUUUCAAGGGGGUUAAAACCCCACGAGGGUUCAAAAAUGCCAAGCAAAAACUCAUAAUAACAUAUUCCUAAUCAAAUUUUGAUUAACGACUGAAAUGAUUCUCAAGAGUAACAAUCUCGACUCAGAACUAAAGGCUAAACCUCGAAAUCUUAUCCAAGGUCAAUAAUUCUACUAGAGUUUUUUUUCCAAAAAAUUCUAAAUUGUUGCGCCCAGAUUUUGCCACAGUUUUUGCACUUUAUUUGCAAAAUCAUACAAAAAUUUAAAGUUAAUAUUUAUGUAUUUGCGUCGUAAAGUCUUGAGUGAAUUUUAUCAAAAAUAAUGUGAAUUAUUUUUCGAAAGCUUAAAGUAUGAUUAAAAAAUGACUGAUGCAUUUCGAUAAACAAAAGUCAAGUGUUUGUAUUCAUGAUUGUUAUUUUAUAAUUUUGAUAUUGGAGAAAAUGUCCCGGAUUUGCACGGAAAUCCCGAAAAUUUGCGGAAAAAUAACUGGAAAGCUUAGGUUCGAAAGAUCACCGAUUUUUUCUGUCCAAAUUUGCUUCUAUACAUAAAAAUUCAAUGUCUAAGAUAAGAAUUCGGAUUCUGUAUUCAGUUUAUUGUUACUGAACUUCUGUUUGGAUCAUCAUUGGGAAAAAAAAUCCUAAUUCGAAUCUCGGUUUUGCAUUUCAAACUUCAAUAUUCAAAACUCAACAUUUCGGAAUUUGAACAGAAAAUAUUGAAAAUUUCAAACCAUUUCGAAGAUUUGAAAUUUUUAUUUUUAAUUAUUAUGCAGAAUUGAAAAUGAAGAAAAUUUCAUAACGGUGAUCCAUAGACCAGAAUUGAAAAGUUCAAAAAGAGUCUCGUUAUUCGCCAUUUUCAUUCAGAUUCACUAGUAGAAUUUUGAAUAAAUAACUGAAGAAAAAAUUCACAUUGAAUCAAUGCCAAAAAUUCAGAAUUCAAAUAAGAGGUUUUCGGUUGAAAUUCUGAUCCAAAUUUCACUUUUUUGGCUCUAAGAAUUAUUAUCUGGAAUUAUUAUCUGGAACUUAGAUUCAAAAAUCGGUUUAAAAUUCGGAAUUCAGUUUUCGAACUCAGGUUCAAAAGGCAGAAUUCGGAUACGGAAUCAAAAUAAAAAAUCAGAAUCAGCUCGAUGUUUUAUAAAUCAAGAUUACAAUUUCAAUGUGAGAAUUUGAUCAUGGAUUUAAAUUACAGAUGAUCGCAGUUUCACAAUUUUAUAUUCCAUCAGAAUCAGUUUGGAACACAUACCAAAAGAAAUCACAAAUAUAAAAGAAAAUUGUUAAUUUAUCGGCCUUAUCGUAGCAAACAUAAAUUACAGUGAUUAAUUUCUUUUUAAAAUAAGAUGUUGAUUUUUGAGAAAUCAAAUGUUUUUAAAUUUCAUUAAUAAAUUAUUAAUGAUAAUGUUUUGUGGCAAAAGAACUUGUACAUUAUUUUCAAGAUAAAAUUCAAGUGAAAACAUAUUUAACUGGUUUUUGGUUGAGAUUAUUUAUAUUGCAGAUUCUUCUCAAGGAAAGUUUCAAUCUUAUUUUUUUUAUCGAGUUUACAAGAGUAGAAAAAAAAUCUGAUUUGAACCGCAAACUCAUUCUCUUACUUUUAUUCCUAAAUAUUUGAUACAAUAUAACCAAUGCCUCAAAUGAUCGUGCUUGUGGCUAAAAAUAAUUUGCUUAUUACUUCCUAAUUUAAGUGUUUAUAAAAAGUUUCUUUUUAAAAUGAAAUUUCCAAAUUUCUUAUUUAUUUUUGAAAACUUCUAGAAAAAAAAUUGCAACUUCUAGGACUUGUUUUCGAAAGUUAGAAAUUGAAAUAAAUAACUUACUAGUAAUGUUAAAAAACUCAAACCUGAAUUAUUUAAAAGACCUUUUUUUACCAUUCUUUAUGUCUGCAUUGUCCAAGCAAAAAUGUUAUAGGAAAAAUUUUGUCAACAACCACCACCCCCCCCCAUGAGCCGGUUUUUCUUACGAUCCUGGCUUCAAGGCAUUUUAAAAAUAAAGCUGAACUGUAGAAAUUAAUAUCAAUAUUAAUCAUUCUCAAAAAAAAAAAAAAAUAAAACAAAACAAAUUGUAAUCAAUGGCAGUGGAGUUUGAAUCUACCCCUAGAGAGCAAAAGUUUCAAAGUAACCUCUUAACAAAUUUGAUAAAAUAAAAUUAACAAAUGCAAAAAUGCUGUUGGUUUGAAAUUUGACGAAUUACUCUUCAAAUAUUGUCAAUAAAUAAACCGUUAAAUAACUAAUUAAAAUACGAGCAUUUCGAAUGUCAUAAUAAACAGCAAGAAUUCUUAAGUUUGAAGUUUCUUUAUGUUUGAAUCAAGCUUGGAUUGAAAUCAAUCGAGACCCGUUGAAUGAAGAGUUGUAAGCUUAUUUUUCUUGUUUGAUCAUGAACUGUCCAGUCACAAGUAUUAUUCCUUGAAUCCACUCUCUGGAGCCACAAUACAUUUCCAAAUAAAACUGAGUUUUUUUUAAACUGAAACUGAGAUUAAAAUUAAACAAAGAAGCUCAGUUUUUAGAAUCUACUCUCUGCAGCCACAAUACAUUUUUUCACACAAAAGUGAGUUUUUUAACUGAAACUGUGAUGAAAAUUCAAAAUUAUACAUAAGCAAUUCUUAAGUUAAGUGAAAAAUCUCAGUUUUUAGAAUCUGCUCUCUGGAGCCACAAUACACUUUUCAUAUAAAACUGAGUUUUUCAAACUGCAACUGGGAUUAAAAUUUCAAAAUUCCUCGCAUGCGAUUUUUUAGUCAAACGGAAAAGCUCAGUUUUAAAGAAUCUACUCUCUGGAGCCACAAUACAUUUUUUCAUACAAAACUGAGUUUAUUAAUGGAAACUGAGAUGAAAAUUCAAAAUUAUACAUAUGCAAUUCUUUAGUUAAGUGAAAAAUCUCAGUUUUUAGAAUGUACUCUCUGGAGCCUCAAUGCACUUUUCAAAUAAAACUGAGUAUUUUAAACUGAAACUGGGAUUAAAAUUUCAAAAUUCUUCGCAUACAAAUUUUUAGUUAAAUGGAAAACCUCAGUUUUAAGAAUCUACUCUCAGGAGCCAUAAUAAAUUUUCAUUUAUAACUGAGUUUUUUUUAAACUGAAACUGAGAUUAAAAUUUUAAAUUGUACGUAUGCAAUUCUUUGGUAAAGUUAAAAAGUUCGGUGUUAGAAUCUACUCUCUGAGGGCACAAUACAUUUUUCAUGUUAAACUGAUUUUUUUGAACUGAAACUGAGGUUGAAAAUUUAAAACUCUAUGUAUGAAAUUCUCUAGUAAAGUGAAGUAGCUCAGUUUUAAGAAUCUACUCUCUGGAGCCACAAAAAAGUUCCACGAAUAUGCAUCAACAAAAUUGAUUUAUUAAAUUUUUCUCAAGAACUUUAACUUUUCGUUAACACCACCUUUGAUUCUCUUAUGUGAACCAACUUUUGGGUCUUCGAUGUUUGGUUGUAUUUAAUUUGAAAUUAGAAUAGAUUGUUUAAAAUUUCAGGUUUUGAGCUCUGCUAAUAAUUUCUAUUUGAAAUCGAAAUUCUGUACAGAAAUGUUUACAUACCUGCAAGACUAAGGUUGCCAGAUUACCCGGUUUUGUCCGGGUUUAAGUAUCCCGGUUAAUAUGGAAUUCAGCAAUAGUCAGGCCUGGUGCCUGGAUUUUGCCCGGAUUUUUCACUUUAUUUGGCAAAUAAAAAAAAAUACAAAUUGUGUUGUAAUUUUUUAUAUAUGCCUCCAAAGCGGCUUUUCUUGAACAAUUUUUAUAAAAAUAUCCAUGAAAGAUUUUUGGAAGUUUUUGAUAAUAAGAUUUUAAAUCUGCGAUAAAUUUUUGUGAAAUUUUUUUUUAUGAUUUUUGUUAAGUAAUUUUUGGUGGGUUUUGACAAAAUUUUCUUGGAUAUUACCCGGAUUUUUAGUCGUCAAUUCUGAACUCAAAUGCUCGGAUUUUGCCAGGUUUUAUGUAAAAUUGCCCGGAUUUCUCCGGCACGUCCUAAAAAUAAUCUGAUAACCUUAUUCAUGACUUUUAAAUGAGCUGUUUGAUUAAUUUCAUAUCAUUAAUUUUGGUAAGUCUUCGAUGAGAGUUCAAAUUCUUUCCUGCUUGAAGCUUUCUGUACAAUUUUGACCUCAGUUUUAUGCUUAAAAAUAUUGGAAUUCGAACUCAAUUUGAUGUCUAAGAUUCUUCGCAUUAAGGGUAAAGGACAGUUUGUGUAAUAUAAGAAAUUCUGAAUGUAUAAGUCUUUCACUUCACCAAUAACAGCGGAAUCAGAACGUGGCUGCAGAUUAAAAAAAAAGUUUAGUGUGUAAGUGGAAUAAACAAAACAUUCCUGGGUCAUCUAAUACAAAAAUUAUAACAAUUUAAAGUAUUGAAGGAAGUUACCGUAAUCAUUAUUGGAGUUUGAAUUUCAAUAAACCGAAAACUGUUGAGUGUAUGUUUCGAAAUUGUUUAUUGGAAUUAUUUUUUUUAGAGAAGAAAGCCUAGAAAAUAGUCUCUGGAGUUACAAUAUUUUCUAAUAAAUCUAGUUUCGAGUAUUGAAUUUAGAAAUUUUAUUAAUUUCAUGAUGUUAAACAAUGAAUUUUAUGAUUGCUUGAUGAAAAAUAGAUUUUGCUAAUAAGCUAAAAAAAAUCUAAAUUUGAAUUUUAAUUUUUCUUUAUUGAAAAUAAUUUAAAAAAAAACACUUGAUUUUUUUUUAACUUCUGGUCAGUAAACCAAAAUAUAUCGACAGAAAAUGAAAGUCUUUGAUUUUUUUUAAUAGAUUUGAAGUCAUUCUUUAAAUUUGUGUUAAUGCCUUCCAUUUCUUUGUUUUUUUUUUAUUCCGGAUUCAAAUUCUGAUCCCCAGGAUUGCUUUCAUCCCAAUCGUUACGUUUGAAUCAAACUCGAAUUGAAGUCAAUCCAGACCUGUUGAAUUUAGUGUUGUAAGCUUAUUUUUUUUUUAUUUGAUCAUGAACUUACAAGUCAUGGGUAUUAUUCAUUGAAUCUACUCUCUGGAGCCACAAUGCAUUGUCAACUAAAACUGAGUUUUGUAAACUGAAACUGAGAUUAAAAAUUUAAAAUUCUACGUGUGCAAUUCUUUAUUAAAGUUGAAAAGCUCAGUUUUUUAGAAUCUACUCUCUGGAGCCACAAGUGAAUUGUUAUUACAACUUGCUGCCAAAUGUACUUCAUGUUUUCUUAUUUACAAGAAAUUAUUUGUAUGAAAUUUGAACUUCUUGUUUUGAAUAUUUGCUUUCAAUUUUCUGGUAUAAUUCUAUUCAAUCAAUCCGAAAACACUUGUUGCUUCAUCAAUAUUGAAGAGUCACUUUCAUAAAUAUUUUUCUCAACCCUGAACAAACUGUUAGCGGUGAAAAUAUACAAAACAUAUUCUUUCGAACAAAUUCAUUUUCUUAACUACGCCUAGAUUUGAGAUUGACAUAUAGCUAAAUGUAAGGGAAAAGAGAAGACAAAUGUUCCACUGAGUAUUACUUCUAGAAGGCCUAGAUGAAUGGAUAUUUACUGUUAAUGGGAAUCUUUAAGUCAAGUCUGUAAAUAUUAGUUGUAGACAAAAAAAGGGGGUUCAACAUUAUAAGAGAUAUUGGAAGAAGAAAGAGUAAAACAGCUGAAGUCUAUUGUAUAAAAAUAAAUUAUUGUUUGCAGUUAGAAAUAAAUCAGUAAAAAUAGCGCGCGCUAGUCAUCAAAAACCCGUACCAGUUGUUAGUGAUAAAAACAAUAGAAUUGGUUAUAAGUUUUUUUUAAAUCCAUUUGUUUCAUAAAUUUUUCAUACAUUGUUGUGUUCAAUAAUUGCGCGGCGUUUUUAAUUUUUCAAGCUAAAACCGUAGGACUAUGACCGAA